CGAGAGUCAGCCGACGGUUAUUCUCACCCCCUUAUCGCUCACUUGGUUGUGUUUGUUUGAUUUUCAUUUCCUAUUUUCUUAAUAAUUUUCUUUGUUUUUUACUGAAUAAUUAAAAAUUUGAAUUUAAAUCCAUAGUCAUGGCAACCUUAAAAGAACGUGAAAUUGUCCCUGAUGAACUUAUGGCUCAUGUUGAAAAUUUAAGGAGAUUCAUCAAGGACCAGAAAAUGAUUAGAGAGGAGAAUUGUUGUCAACGAUUUACCAUCGAACCAAUUGUGCAAAUUGAAACGGAAAUGGACGAGAACAUCAAGGCAGUAUUACCUAAAUUGGAAAUUGAAAUUCAAAGAUGUACCAAGACUGUUGAUUCAUUGAAGAAAGAAGCUAGAGAAUUGUUACACGAUGCUGAAAUGUCCUAUCGUUUGAGUAAAUCUGGAGUAGCAUUUAGAAGUAUUUACAACUCACCUGAGAAUCUUCACUUCAAUAGUCCAUUCGUUGAUAAAUAUUUUCAAACAAGGAUUGAAAAAUUUGAAGAGCGGGUUAAAGUUUAUCAAGAACAGAUAAAGGAUCUCCAAACUUUAAUCCAAACCUUUAAUAAAUCUUACACACCUGAAGAAUUAUUUGCCAUAAUUAGACGUCAACAUGAAAUACUUGUGGGAUUGUCAUCUCAGGUCUAUGCAAUUCAAGAUACAGUUGCUAAAAGCGGUCGCCCAGCUAUGAUUGCCUGAUCAACUCUUCAUAAAUGUCUACUUGUUUUUAAAAACAAUGUCAAACAAAUGCUCAUCCAAGCUUCUCUGUUUACACAAUCAAACUUAUCAUUCAAUGUAAAAACUUGAGAGGCGACUAAAUGAUUCAUAAAAUUGAUAAGCUUUACAAUCUUUCAGAUGUCCUGAAUAAUCAUUUUCUUGUGAAAAUCUCCUCUAUUCCAGCAUAAAUUCCGUAGCUUGUUGAUAAUAUCGACUUGCUUAAACUUUCAAUUUCAACUGAUCUGAAAUAAAAUAAAAAAGAAAUGAUAAAAAUAAAUUCAAACCUUAUCUAUCUAGAAA